AUGAUGCGUUUGUUAUUUCCGAAAGUAGUAAUACAAUGAACGUGGCCGAUUAACGUAGAUACAAGCUUCAACGUCGAAAAAUUGGGGGACUCAAAUCUAGCCUACUCAUCGCCCAGCCCUUUGCGAUCCUACUCAUCGCCCUCCCCUUCGCCAGCCCAUUCGUCGCCAACCCACUCGACCGUUACUUUGUCAAAUGCGGACAGUAACAGAGAAUCAUAAACCUCGUCAGCCCUAUCCCACUCAAGUCAGGUAUGCAUCCCCUCAAACCUCCCCUCGAACCUCCGCAGCUCGCCUCACCUUUUACUUACUGUAGCCUUAGUCCACGCCUCCGCCUACAGCAUGUAAAACAACAACAUCCUUGGUUCCUAAUACAAUGUCAGACACGUUCAUUAACGACUUUGCUGGAGAUGCUCUGCCUUGGCGACCAGGACUUUCCUCUCGAUCUCCUGAAUAAACUCCGCGACUUUCUAACGUGGUUAGAUACCACCAACUCUCCGCACUUGCAGAGGAACCUGACUACCGUGGAGUCAAGGUUUUAUAAGGUGCCUCUACCUUUUCGACAACAGUUUGCGGAGCUUGUAUGGGCCGUUGAGGCGAGCAAUGGCCAAACAUCGAUAUCCAUCGUCAAUGAUCUGUACUGGUCGAUGAGCUCGCUUUGGGACACCACCGCAUCGCAGUCUUCAGCAGUUAACAUUGCAACAGCGAGGUAUGCCGGCAUACAUCCAUCUAUCAGGGAAGCCUUUGCCACUUUUCUCGGUGGCAUGGUCGAUGUCCAUGGUCGCGACGGUCGAAAAUUCAUACCGCCUGAGGGGGAUCCGGAAUCUCACCUGUGUAUUAUAGGCAGCUAUUGUCCGGACUACACGGCGGCCACUGGAGACAUGGAAUAUGCCUGCGCACCGGGCUCACUAUCAACCGACCUAGUGGGCGCGAAGCUUGGAUAGGACUGCAAUCUGUCUUCGCCGUGGGGAGUCUUUUCGGC